UAUAACCUCGAUGGACUAGACCUAGCCCAGAUAGGCGCCUUAAAUUCAGCUACGGGUGCUUAUAGCUCAGCAGCCCAGCAUAAUAGUUUCACGUCCUUAUAUAUAUAUUUGUUCUUGCAUUUGGUUCUUUGGUUAUAAAACGGUAAGGCAAGUAACAGCAUUACCAACACGAUAUACACAUAAUACAUACAUAUAUGACAAUUUAUAUCAUUCAAAAAAUAAUAAAUUUAUGUUAAAUAAGCUUCUACAAAUAUUGAAUACAACUAGUGAUAAAUUAUUAAUAUUUUAUUAAUUUUGUGUUAAAUAUAAGUAUUUAUGGUUUAUCACCCAACCAGUUGAUAAAUAUAAUGGGUAACUCAAACCAAUAACACAUAAUUUAUAUAAAACAUAACCAAAAAAUAUCAAAACAAGUUUAUAUUUUCUGUAUAUCUUUUGUAUCUAACCAAUAAUAAAAACAAUUUAAGAUUUCUUUUAUAAAAACGACUAUUUAAAGAAACUAUAAACUACAAAUAAAAUAUUUUGAAGAACCAAAUGUUAAGACGUUAAAAUAAAACAAGAACUGUAGCAGAUAUGGCAGUAGUAACAAGUCGAGCUCGUGUAUAUGCUGAAGUGAAUGUACAUAAACCACGUGAAUAUUGGGACUAUGAAAAUCAUGUAGUACAAUAUGGUCAACAAGAAGAUUAUCAAUUAGUACGUAAAUUAGGUCGUGGUAAAUAUAGUGAAGUGUUUGAAGCCAUUUACAUGAAUUCGAAUGAGAAAGUUGUUGUAAAAAUAUUAAAACCGGUUAAAAAGAAGAAAAUUAAACGUGAAAUGAAAAUAUUAGAGAAUUUACGUGGUGGUGUUAAUAUAAUUACAAUGUUAGCAAUGGUUAAAGAUCCAGUAUCACGUACACCAGCAUUAAUAUUUGAACAUGUGAAUAAUACAGACUUUAAAGAGUUGUAUCAAACGUUAACAGAUUUUGAUAUUCGUUAUUAUAAUUAUGAAUUGUUAAAAGCGUUGGAUUUUUGUCAUAGCAUGGGAAUAAUGCACCGUGAUGUAAAACCUCAUAACAUAAUGAUUGAUCAUGAAAAUCAUAAAUUACGUUUAAUUGAUUGGGGUUUAGCUGAAUUUUAUCAUCCUGGGCAAGAGUAUAAUGUACGUGUUGCAUCCAGAUACUUUAAAGGACCUGAAUUAUUAGUGGAUUAUCAAUUAUAUGAUUAUUCAUUAGAUAUGUGGUCUGUUGGUUGUGUGUUAGCAUCAAUGAUAUUUAGAAAAGAGCCAUUUUUUCAUGGUCAUGAUAAUUUUGAUCAAUUGAUACGUAUUGCAAAAGUAUUAGGAACAGAAGAAUUAUUUGAAUAUUUAGAUAAAUAUCAUAUAGAUUUGGAUGCAAAUUAUAGUGAUUUAAUUGGACGACAUUCAAAAAAACGUUGGGAACGUUUUGUACAUAGUGAAAAUCAACAUUUAGUAUCACCAGAAGCAUUGGAUUAUUUAGACAAAUUAUUAAGAUACGACCAUGCCACAAGAUUGACGGCAAGAGAAGCAAUGGAGCAUCCAUAUUUUGCUCCGUUAAUUGAAGCAGCUGAUAAAUUAUUUCCAAGUGUACGGCGUGUUAUAUUUAAAUUUGUUCAUUAUUUAAUUGGCUUAAUUGCAUUUAUUAUUGGAAUCGUAUCUACUUAUUAUGAAUGUCCGUCCGAUGAUUUAGUGGUUGUUCUCAUAUUAAUUACAAUAUUAUCACUUUUGAAUUCAUUUAAAUCAUUAUACACUACAACAAGAUCAUUACUUUAAGCAGGGAUAUCCGGAGACAAUAAAACGCAGACAAUAUUAUUAUAUUUGUUCCAUCAGGGAAGCCAUAAAGUUUCUGGUUCAAAUAUCGUACGUCUCCAUCGAGACAACUAUCAUUCGAGCAACCUUAACUUCUGUACUGCAGUCUUAAACACACCGUAUUCAGACACGUGCCUAACUGAGUCAAAUAUUUAGAUUAAA